GGUGGGACUGGUCGCCGUGCAACUGGGCGACAACGCGCUGGAGUCGCUUCCGGAGUGGAGGUACGAGGAGAUGGAGCACCUCUCCACCCUCGCCGCGCCAGCCAACCGCAUCUCGCGCCUCCCGCCCGGCAUCGGCUCUCUCCCGAUGCUCGCCGCGCUCGACCUCUCCGGCAACCAGGUGCGCCAGGUGCCGAUCGAGCUCGGCUCGCUCUCGCCGAAGAAGCUGCAGACUGUCCGCCUCGCAGGCAACCCGCUCGCGGACCCGCGCAUACGCCGCUUCGUCGAGACCGACGCCCCCACCCUCGUCAAGGACCUCCUCAACCACGUGGCCAAGAACGGCCACAAGGAGGAGGCCGCCGCCGCCGGCGGCGGCAAAAAGGGCAAAAAGGGAAAGGGCAAGGCGGCGGCGCCGCCCCCCUCGGACGACGACGACGACGAGCCCGAGGGCUCAGUCGCCGACCUCCUCGCGGCGCUCAACGCGAGCUCGGGCUCUGAGAGCGAGGGCGAGGCGCCCGCGCCCGCGCCCGCACCGGCGCCGUCUGGCGGCAAGAAGAAGAAGAAGAAGUGAGCAGAUUUUGCUAGCAGGACCAAGGCCUUACCCCUCUCCGAUGGUGGCGUGUAUGGGGAAGGAGGGCGGAUUCAUCCUCGCUCGUCCUGUCUGUUCCGCUGCUCUAACUAAAGUAGCCCGGCUGUCCCGCAAUUCGCUCAAUCAUCAAUGGCUCAA